AUGGAGAAUGGCUUCGCGAAGACCAAGAAUGGAACAAUGAUGGUGGCUGUGCGUUCUGACUUCAAGCAAGUAUCUGGUGAGGCAUGGGACUGGUGGUUUGGGUGGCACUCUGUUGAAACUUCCAGAUAUAAACUUUGGCACCCUAACGCCCACCAAUUUGCAUGGCGUUUUCCAGAUACCUUGGAUAUCUCUAACAAGUCCUACGCUGACCGGUAUAUUGGGACAUUCUCAUUCAUAAAUGAAUACCUUGGCAAUGACUGCACCCAUCUCACCGUGGCCUUCAUUGUCCCAAAGGAGCUUGAAAUUGAUAAAUCAAAGUGGCCGGAAUUAGGAAUCGAGGCAAUGGUCUGCGCGAAGCUAGGAACCCCUCGUAUGCAAGCCCUGCCUGAUAAACGGCAUUAA